UCAUCGUGUGUCGCACUUUCGCGCGUUUGGACUGAGUUGGCGCGAGGAGACUGGAGAGUGCUGAACACCAGAGGCGGUUGUUGUUUAUGUAACAACAAGGUUUUAUUAAGAAUUAAGGUUUAAUCUUCGGUUCGCAAUAUUUUUGUGAAAAUAUGACUGUUCGAUUGUCAGAAGGGGCAAUUGAGUCCCUGACAAAAGGAAUUGAAGUCAGCAACCCUGUUCUGCAGUGUGUGAACAUUCGCAAGAUUGAUGGGGGAAAUGGCCUGUCCCGUUUCCGUGUCAUGAUGAGUGAUGGGCUGCACACUAUGUCCUCAUUCAUGCUCUCCACACAGCUUAAUCCCAUGGCUGAGCAAAACCAGUUGGCCACUAACUGUGUGUGUAUGCUGAAAAGAAGCGUCGCUAAUGUUCUCAAAGAUGGACGACGUGUGGUAGUUAUACUGGACAUGGAGGUGAUCAAGUCUGCUGACCAGAUGGCAGGAAAAAUUGGAGACCCAACUCCUUAUGUGGAGGGCCAGUCAAAGCCACAACAGAGUACAGCUCCGGCGCCAACUGUACGUCCGUUACAACCUCAGAAUGGAAGUGAUGGUUCAAUGAACAGACCUGCUCAGAGCUUCGGGAAAAGGCCCAUGGCUGCCCCCAGCACUCCUGGAGGCAGCUCUAAAGUUGUGCCCAUUGCCAGCCUCAAUCCAUACCAGUCAAAAUGGACUGUUAGAGCCAGAGUUACCAAUAAGAAUUCCAUCCGCACAUGGAGUAACUCCAGAGGGGAUGGGAAGCUCUUCUCCAUGGAGCUUGUGGAUGAAAGCGGGGAGAUUAGAGCAACUGGGUUUAAUCACGAGGUGGACAAAUUCUACUCCCUCAUUGAGCAGGGAAAAGUCUACUACAUCUCAAAAGGCACUCUGAAGAUUGCCAACAAACAAUUCUCUUCACUUAAGAAUGACUAUGAAAUGACUCUAAAUGGCGAGACAAGCAUCAUCCCUUGUGAGGACAGCCAUGAUGUCCCCAAGGUGCAGUGCGACUUUGUUUCCAUUGCUGACCUGGAGUCCCGGGAGAAAGACACCAUCGUAGAUGUGAUUGCAGUGUGUAAAAACACAGAGGAUAUGACUCGCAUCAUGACCAAAAACAGUCGUGAGGUUUCGAAGAGGAACAUCCAACUGAUGGACAUGUCCGGCAGAGUCAUCCAGCUCACCAUGUGGGGUAAUGAUGCAGAGACGUUUGAUGGCAGUGGGCAUGUAGGAGUUGUUGUCACCGUGCUGCUUUACUGUCAGUAUUUCUGGCUUUGUGUAAUUUGGCACUUCAAGAUAAUGUAUGAUAAGGAAGGACAUGCUAUAGAUGGACAGUCGAUGACUGAGUUAAGAGGACCUGGUGGUGGUGGUGGAAACACAAACUGGAAGACCCUGGUGGAAGUCAAGAAUGAGCACUUAGGACAUGGAGACAAAGCUGAUUAUUUUUCUUGCAUCGCCACCAUAGUCUACAUCCGUAAAGAGAACUGCUUGUAUCAGGCCUGUCCCAGUAAAGACUGCAACAAGAAGGUGGUGGACCAGCAGAAUGGCAUGUACCGCUGUGAGAAAUGCGACAAAGAGUUCCCCGACUUCAAAUAUCGUCUCAUGCUCUCGGCCAACAUUGCUGAUUUUGGAGACAACCAAUGGGUGACUUGCUUUCAGGACAGUGCAGAGACCCUCCUGGGCCAAAACUCAGGUUAUCUUGGCCAACUCAAGGACUCAAAUGAAGCUGCAUUUGAUGAGGUCUUUCUGCAUGCAAACUUCAAUACUUUUGUCUUCCGGAACCGAGUGAAGAUGGAGACCUACAAUGAUGAAUCUCGCAUCAAAGUGACAGUGGUGGAUGCCAAGCCGGUUGACCACCGAGAAUACAGCAAACGGCUGAUCAUCAACAUAAGGAAGUUGGCUGCACAGUAGAACUGCCGGAGUUACACAGAACAAAUCCCCAAGCCAUUGUGUGGCACUUUUGAGUUUCUUAUGGUAUUUUGCGUACUUAUUGUAUAGCAUCUUCGAAGUCUCUUUUUUUAUGUUUUCCUUUAGUUUCUGUUUUCCUCUGUUUUGUAUUUGUCAGUAAUUUCACAGUAAGUUU